AUGGCUUCCGUCAAGGCCACCGUUACCGUCGCUGUUGGUCUGCUCUCUGCCCUGGCCAACGCCGUGCCGACCGUCGACGAGACUUACCCCUACACCGGACCGGAGACCCCAAUUGGCGACUGGGUGAACCCUACCGUCAAGGGCAAUGGCAAGGGCUACUUGCGCCUUGUCGAGCCGCCUGCUGUGAAGCCCGCGUCCUCGAACCCGUCCAACAACAUCAAUGUCAUCUCUCUGUCCUACGCCGGCAGCACUGGUGUCAACAUUCAUUACCAGACGCCCUUUGGUCUGGGCAGCGCGCCGUCUGUAAGCUGGGGUACUAGCCAUGACGCCCUGGACAAGACUGCAAACGGCGCAAGCCACUCCUAUGCCCGCACGCCGCCUUGCUCCGAGGUCGCCGUCACCCAGUGCAGCCAGUACUACCACGACGUCCAGAUCAAGGACCUGAAGCCCGAUACGACCUACUACUAUAAGAUUGCGGCCGCCAACGGCACGACUGCCUCCGACGUCCUGAGCUUCAAGACGGCCCGCCCCGCCGGUAGCAAGCAAGGCUUCAGCAUCGGCGUCCUCAACGACAUGGGCUACACCAACGCCGCCGGUACCUAUAAGCAGCUGAACAAGGCUAUUGACGAAGGUAUGGCCUUUGCCUGGCACGGCGGCGACAUCAGCUACGCCGACGACUGGUACAGCGGCAUCAUCCCCUGCGCGAGCAGCUGGCCCGUCUGCUACAACGGCACCAGCACCCAACUGCCCGGCGGCAUCACGCCCGAGUACGAGACGCCGCUGCCUGAGGGCGAGAUCCCCACCGAGGGCACGCCCAGAGGCGGCGACAUGUCUACCCUGUACGAGUCCAACUGGGAUCUCUGGCAGCAGUGGAUGACCCCGAUCACGUCCAAGGUGCCCUACAUGGUCCUGCCUGGCAACCACGAGGCCGCCUGCGCCGAGUUUGACGGCCCUGGUCAGGUCCUGGCCGCGUACCUCAACCACAACCGCCUGAACAGCACCGCUCCCAAGUCUGACAAGCUCACCUACUACAGCUGCCCCCCUUCUCAGCGCAACUACACGGCUUAUCAGCACCGCUUCCGCAUGCCUGGUGGCGAGUCCGGCGGCGUCAGCAAUUUCUGGUACUCUUUUGACUACGGCCUCGCGCAUUUCAUCUCCUUCAACGGCGAGACAGACUACCCUAACAGCCCGGAGUGGUCCUUUGCCAGUGAUGUCAAGGGCGCCGACAGGAAGCCCAAGGCGAACGAAACCUACGCCACCGACAGCGGCCCGUUCGGUGCCGUCAACGGCAACAUCACCAAGAAGGAGUCGUACGAGCAGUACAAGUGGCUGGAGCAGGAUCUGGCCAAGGUAGACCGCAGCAAGACGCCCUGGGUCAUUGCCAUGAGCCACCGUCCCAUGUAUAGCUCGCAGGUCGCCGCCUACCAGCAGAACAUGCGCACUGCCUUUGAGGACCUCUUCCUUAAGUAUGGGGUUGAUGCCUACCUCUCUGGCCAUAUCCAUUGGUACGAGCGUACCUUUCCCCUCGGCCGCAACGGUACGGUUGACAAGGCCUCCAUCGUCAACAACAACACAUUUUAUGCCAAUGAGGGCGUUUCCAUGACCCACAUCAUCAACGGCAUGGCAGGCAACAUUGAAAGCCACUCGGAGCUGGCCAAGGAUAAGAAGGCGCUCGACAUCACCGCCAUCUUUGACCAGACGCACUACGGCUUCAGCAAGCUGACUGUUGUCAACGAGACUGUCCUUACCUGGUCCUUUGUCAAGGGCGCUGACGGCUCCUCCGGCGACGACUUCACGCUGAUCCGCAAAGCGGCGAACCACACUGCGACUUCGUCCACGACCACGUCCGCACCGACAGCCGGUGUCACUGUCAUCACCAAAACCGUCGACUCCUACACGACGUACUGUCCCGGCCCUACCACCAUCACCGAGGGCACGCAUACUUACGUUGUCCCCAAGGCCACCACCUUGACCGUGACUGACUGCCCCUGCACUCGCACCUACACCAGCACUAUUACCGGUGGAAACAGCACCGCACCCGCCGCCAAGACCUCUCUCUCACAGUCGGCGCCGUCCAGCGCCGCUCCGUCCCGCAGCGCCCAUACCACUGCACCCGUGACCGGCGCGGCUACCACGACCAGUCGCUCAAUUGCCCUCUGCGUUGGUGUUUCAAUGCUCGUCGCGCUUCUCUUCUAG